AUUGUGUGACUGUGCGUGUGUGUGUGUGGGGACUGUGAAUUGUGAUUCUGUGAACUUGUGAAGUGGAAACCCAAGAACAAAGAGUUUAUGCAAUGAAAUUGAGAUUUCUGCUGAUUUUAAUCAGCCUUUGUUGGGUCUCAGAUUCUUUAUCUGGGCUGGUCUUCAGCCUAGUUAUGGUCAUAGUUUGUAUAUGUAUAAUAAAGCUUGUAACUUGCUGAGAAUUGAUCGAAACCCGGAGAUUAUUUAUGAUGUGGUGCAUGCUUAUUGGACUGAGAGGUGUUCUGUGACUGUUAAGACUUUUAAGGUUGUUUUGUGUUUGUGUAAGGAGGCGAGGCUUGCGAAUGAGGGGUUAUGGGUGUUGAGGAGAAUGAAGGAGUUUGGUUGUGGGGUGAAUACGGUGGCGUAUAAUGUUGUGAUUAGGUCGUUUUGUUAUGUGGGGAAUGUGGAGGAGGCGGUGAGGUUGGUGAGGGAGAUGGGGUCAACUGGGAAUUUUCCUGAUAUGAUAACGUAUGGUGCGAUAGUUAAGUGUUAUGUGGAUGGGGGUAGGUUGGAUGAGGCGUUUGGGUUGUUUAGGGGUAUGAAGGCGCAUGGGUGUGUGCCUAACACGGUGUUGUAUUCGAUUCUUAUUGAUGGAGUUUGUAGGUUUGGAAGUUUUGAAAAGGCGCUGGAGUUGUUGUGUGAGAUGGAGAAUGGUGGGAAGAGUUGUAGACCGAAUGCUGUUACUUAUACUGCAGUAAUUCAGAGUCUUUGUGAGGGCGGUAGGUCGGUGACAGCAUUGAGUGUUCUCGACCGAAUGAAAGCAUCUGGUUGUUCACCUAAUAAAAUUACUUUGAGAACUUUGAUUAAUGGCCUUUGUGUGGAAGGGAAUGUGGAUGAUGCUUAUAAGCUGAUUGAACGAGUUGUGGAAGUGGGUGAUCUUUCUGUUGGCGAGUGCUAUAGCUCCCUCGUUGUGUGUUUGUUGUGGGUUGGAAAAUUCGAGGAGGCUGAGAAGGUUUUUAGGAUAUUGUUAGUAGGUGGAGUGAAUCCCGAUGGUUUGGCUUCUAGCCAUUUGCUAAGAGGCCUUUGUUUGAAGGGAAGGAUUCUGGAUGGCUUUCGCUUACACAAAGACAUCGAAAUAUUGGGGAGUGUAUCUGGCAUAGAUUCGGAUAUAUACUCUCUUCUUCUGGCUGGACUUAUUGAGAACAACUAUUUGGUCGAAGCAGAAAAUCUUGCUGGGCUAAUGUCCGAGAGAGACAUCCAAUUGAAGCCUCCUUACCUUGAACAUGUAGUUGAUUAUCUUAAGAGUUCUGGAAAGAGUGAGCUACUUUCACAUUUUUAUAGGAGUCAGAAGUGAUGAGUAGGCCAUACUGAAUCAAUGUCCUGCAGUUCCUGGAUCUUAAAAGGUUGUGCUUGAUACGACUUAUAUAUUGAUCUUUUAAUAGCCAGAAUAAUGUUCUGGUUUCUUUUUUGGAAUUGUUUAUUGUCAUGCACAGAAGUUGAGUGGAUGGUUUAUAACAAUGUUACAUUUACCUAUAUGGAUAUACAUCAGAAGAGGUUCGAGAUAAAGAUCUUUGAGUUCCUCCAAAAUUCACUUCUUUUACGUGACAGCUCCAUUUAAUAUUUUUGGAGUUCGAUCACUGAAGUACUUCUUGAUGCAUGGGGAAAGUCCUUUUUUGUUCGGAAAAACAAUGCUAUUAUACAAUUUCAAUGGAAUAACUUUCAACAACAUUCAAGAUAUAACGAGGCUAUCAGUUGAAAUCAAGUUCUAUCAGUAUUAAAUUUAGUGAGCUCUGAAGCUUAAUAUCAGGAACUGUAGAAGUGUAAAUUGUAAGGAAAAUCUAUCAGCAUAGCAAUAUCAGUAUGUUGUCUUGAUAUUUGGGGAAGAUUCCAGAUAUGCCCCAGGUAAUGAGGAUUUGGGGUGACCUGGAGGUAGAACAGACUUUAUGUGUUUUUUUGUUCUGAUUUAUGCUGUGAGCAAUUCUUCUCAGCAGCAUUAGCUGUAUGCAUUGAUAUACAAAGGUUAGUAAGAAAUAAUGUACUGCAAUGCAUGGAAUCCUUUGGACUA